AUGAUGAACGGUUGCGAAACCUUGGAUCGAGCUCGUCAAGAUAACGGUCUCGUGGAUGACGUCGUAACGGAGUCGCAGGACAUUCCGCUGACCCAUGAGCAUACCCUUGCAGUAGACAUUGUCGACGAGAGUAACAAAAGAGUAGCUAAUGGAAAAGUCAAAUCCAAAACGACUGCAAUUGGAACAAUUGCAUUGCAAAGUGGAAGUACGAGGCUUGUCAUUGCUCUUCUCGAAAGUGGAGAAUACCUGAGAUUAAAAGUUUUGGAUGUACAGCCAGAACUAACAAAGCUGGGUAUUUCACUAGAGGAAGCAAAAGAGCUUUUAAAUGCCCAUAAUGAAGUACUCUUUCGAUUGCAGAGCAAGCAAAGUCCGGUGGAAGAAUUGUUAAAAAAGGCUGACCGAAUCAUAUCGACACAAAAGCCAAAAGCAGAAGUAUAUAAAGCAAUGGCCGAAACUUUGGCCAGUGCUUGGAAAGAUGUAAAUGAACUAUUAGAAUGGAGGAAGGAAAUUUUAGAAAGAAACGUUAUUUUUCAUUGUCGAGCAUCCGAAUGCAGGGAAAGUAUGAAUGCCUUAGAAAUUUCUUGUAAUGAUAAGCUUUUACCAAUUGAGAUCGAAUCAGUAAAAAACUUUUUAAAGAAGAUACAUGAAUUAAGAAAAACAAUGUUAGAAAAACUGAUGGGUGCUCUUAAAGAUGGAAAGUCUUUAUUAGAUAGAUUACGAGAAAUUAAGAAUGAAGGAACCAUUGAUUCCAGACCUGACAGAAUAAAAGCCGAUGCUAGGAAUGCAAUACAUAAAGUGGAAAGUUGGUUGGAAGUACUUCACGACAAGAGACGUACAAUCGAAGUGGCAUUCCGCAGCAGAAAAAUAGAACUCGAGCAAUGCCUAGCACUCGCACUUCUUGCUACUGAUUUACGUGACCUUGAGGAUAUACUUAACUCCAGGAUAAGAACGUUAUCCAAUUGCCGUGACAACCUCGGUGAUUCAUCGGCAAGUGCCGAAAUAUUGCUUUUCGAGCUAAGAAAAGUACAAGCUGAAGCUAAGGAUCUCCAGGAUCGAGCUAUUAAAAUAACGAAAUCAACGGAACAUCUAGUAUCCAUGGGUCACUUUGCCAGCGAACAAGCGACCGAUCAAGCUUAUGCAAUACUCGGGAUUGCAGCCGAUUAUAUUAACGAUCUUGAUCACUACGAACACAUGCUAAAUCGAGUCAUAACAUUUUUCGAAACUGCUCGAUCAGUAUAUACGAAAUUGGAUCAAUUAGAGAUUCAGCUGGCCACGACAGAGCAUCUUCCGCAUUCAUCUGGUCUCGUUCGUCUUCAUGUUCAAUCGGUUAAGACCUUGGAAGACAUAACAUCGGCACCACUAGUCGAAGGUCACGCCCUUUUAGAAAUUACAGGAAGAGGAGUGCCUGGUACAGAGGGCAUAAGACGUACAGUGGAAGAGAUUGAAGAUCGGAAAAUAAAAUUAUUUGGUCGCUGUACAGCUCAUCACGAAGAAAAUGUGCGAAUUUCACACUACAUUGGUUGUUUCCUCGAGAAAUAUGCGGGAUUAUCAACUUGGCUUUCCAGUAUUGUUGAAUCUUUCUUGAGGGGUCACCAGGAUAUGGGUAGUAAUUUACCGAUGGCUCAAGAUUUUUAUAAGCUUCAUGUGCAACUUUUGGAUGAUCUUGAUAAACGUGCUCACGAAGUUUAUCAACUCGAACAUGAAGCCAUCCCAGGUGAUGUAUUAGAAUAUCUACAGGAGACUGAACGAAGAGACAUCUUUGGCAAGAUCGAGGCUCUUAAAAGUUCUUGGAAUAUGUCACGCAGAGCUUUAGAGGCCAGAUUAAAGUUGGCCUCGAUAAAAUAA